AUGAGCGUAUUGACAAAUCCUUCCAGCUACAGUCCGCGGGAGGUUCUUCUUCUCGUACAGCUUCUCCAUACACACACGAUUCUAGACCCGCAGGGCAUAACCAGUGCCUCGGACGAAACCAUCCAGAAGGUUCUAAACGAGUGGAAGAACCAUGCCAGCGUCAAGAUGGAACAGCGGGUCAUCAAGGUAAACACGCGGUUGCAACUCAAGGAGUUGUACGAGAAUCUACUCAAGAAAUACGAGGUGGAUCUGACAGUGGAUUUGGCCAAUAUCAUCUUCUACUCCAGAUUGGAAGAGUUGGAGAACAAAAUUCAGGACUAUAAGAAGGAAUUCCAGGAGACGCUCGAAGAGCAAUAG